CUCAAUUGUCACACCCCUAAAUGAGAGCAGAGGCAGAUUCAACAGAAAUUAAAUUGCUAAAGGUUCUCUGCGGCAUAGUAAUUACUGUGUUUCCAUUUCUGUUAAUGACAACUAAGAACUGGAAACACAAGCAGCGGUGGGGGAUUAAGUAAUUAGGGAGUAUUAGAUGCAUUUGAAAAUCAGGGUCAUAGAAAAAGAGGAGAGAGAGAAAGCUGUGGGCUGCUUGUCUGCCUGACAGCUAUAAAAUAUUCUUCUUAAGCUCAGCUUGGAAGCUGUAAAGGACAGAGCUUCACGCUACAGAUUGGCUAUUUUUUUUUGUCCCAGUUUGGAGAGCUGUGGUUUUUAUGGAGUCCCUAAAUCAACACCUGGAAUGUCUCAAACUCUUUGGAGAUGAAACUGAAGGUCAGAUCCUUGAAAGUUUAAAUGGGAUUCUUCUGGCUCUUGCCGAAGACAAGCAAAGAUCCUCCAGCCUACUCACAAACAGUGGGAUUUUCCCAACUUUAGCUCAAAUUCUCAAAGGCAAUCCAAACUGUGCAGUAAAGGCAGCCCAGGUGAUUGCAGAGAUAGCAAAGAAUGAGGAAAUGAAGAAGCCAUGUAUCGAUGCAGGUUUGGUUCUAGCUUUGGUACCUCUACUGGAGAGCACUGACCAAGAGACAUUGCUUCAUGCUGGGAGGGCCAUUGGCCGCAUCUGUUAUGAAAACAGUGACCUUCAGGAGCAGCUGGUGAAGGCAGGAGUGAUCACAUCACUGGUCAGGAUAUUAACUGAUUACCCAGACAGUGAGCCACUUGUCCGUGUCAACCUGUUGGCUUUAUGCAAUCUUGCAAGCCUAGAGAUUUCUAAAGAAGCUCUAAGCAAGACAAAGGUUGCUGAACAUCUAGUGAAGCAGCUGAGAAGGGCAGAGAACCAUCAGAGGAUAGAAAACAUCAUUGAGGUUCUACAGAUGCUAGCGGAGAAUGAUGCUUUGAAAGUGCAAAUGGUAGAGGCGGGUGUGCAUGAGGCACUGACAGAGAUCCUGCUGAGGCUCCAGGGCAGUUCGCAGGCAGAAGAUAUGCGCAGUGUGAAGGCUGCAUCAGAUCUCAUUGUGUCUCUGCUCCUUGGAGAUGAAUCCAUGCAGAAGAUGUUUGCUAAUGGAUGUGGCAUUAUCUACCAGAAGGUUGGUACCUGGCUUGCGUCCAAUCACCCCCAGCUGCAGCUGACAGGAGCACUGGCUAUUGCCAACUUUGCCAGGAAUGAUGGCAACUGUGUACGGAUGGUGCAGCUGGGCGUGGUACUUCAGCUUUUGGACCUUUUAGAGCAACAUGUGGAGAAUGGGGACGUUUCUGUUCAACAUGCUGCACUCAGUGCCCUUCGAAACCUUGCUAUCCCAGUUGCUAACAAGGUUCAGAUGCUGGAGGAAGGCGUAGCAGAACGGAUCCAGAUGCUUUUGAGAUCAGAGAUGGCUCCUGUGCAGUUUAAACUUCUUGGAACACUGCGAAUGUUAAUAGAUGGUCAAGCUGACACUGCAGAGAUGCUAGGACAGGACCCUCUGCUGAUCAACAGACUUGUGCAAUGGUGUGAUGCCCAGGAGCACGCUGGUGUUCGUGGAGAAGCAAACCGAUUGCUGGCAUCACUCUUGCGGCACAGCAGAUCCCAAGAAGUGGUCAAAGCCAUCCAGCAGGCACAAGGAGUGAAGCACCUGGUUUCCAUGACAACAAGUGAACAUGUUAUCAUGCAGAAUGAAGCUCUGAUUGCACUGGCCAUAGCAUCUGCAAUUAAUUUAGAAGUCAUCAAAGAUUCACUUAAGGAGUCGAGACUAGUUCAAAGCUUACAUAAGCUUCUACAAGAUGAGAGCACAGGUCCCGAGGUGAAAUAUAAUUCAAUGGGCCUACUGUGCAGCCUUCUUAAUUCAGGUGAUUUGAAACAAGAAGUAGAAGAGAGUAACAUUAAAGAAACCUUGGAAAAACUUUGUAGCCAUAGCAAUGCAAAUGUGGUCAAGCAGGCUAUGAUGACCCUACAGAUACUGAGAGAUGAGAGUCAAAACACUGGCUUUGUUUCUCCAUAGCUGUUGGUGCUGCUUUCUCUGGCAGCUGGGGUAUUUCAAUAAAAUGUUAUCUUUUGCCAACAGCCACCAUAUUUAUCACGCUGAUGUCCACUAAAUGCUGUUAAACAUAGAGCAGGCUACAGCUCUCAUUGACAUGCCUCAUUUUCAAAACUGUACAUGCAACACUGUAUAUCCAUUUGUGCUUCUAGUUUGCACCCACACUGUGUUACUGCAGCUGCAUGUACCUACAGGCAAUCCAGGAUUCACUACAGCAGGACACCCCCUGUGGCAGGGACAGGGGCAAGGAGCUGCCUCCUCCCUCCAUAGAAACUGCAAAUAAAGAUCCUUCUUCUCCUGCCCCCUCUUUCCCCCCAGGCCUAGCACUAGUGGCAAGAUGUGCCCUUAAGCCCUCUGGGGAGACAGGUGCAGCAGGAGGGGGUGUCUCCCCCCCGAUCUGACACCCUGGAUGCUGUGGUAAUCUGUUUGGGAAGUGGGCCAGUCCCACUGCAAUUUUUAUUUCCCAACAUGCAGAGUCCUCUGCUGAGGCAAUGCUGGCAGGAGGCCUCAGAGCUUGAGAUGGACACUGUGAGAGAUGGAUGGAGCAGUUCCCACUCCCUUGGCUUUCAGAAUGUCUGCUGACUCGUUACAUGACUCAUUAGAAUGAUUCUCAUUUUAAACUAAAGAUCCCCUUAUGCUGGUCUGGCAGAGUAAAGUGGCCCUAAAGUGGGAGUAAGUUGUAUUUACAUUCCUUUAAAGGCUCCAUUACAGCACCAGAGCAGCUCUGAUGGUCUCAGAUUCUGUUUUCCUCCCUAAUUUCAGCUGCUUUCUUGAUCAUGAUGCAUGACCAAAUGUCUUUUUAAAGGAAUAAAUUUCAGUAACUACAUGGA